AUGCCAAUUGUAGACCCCAGUGUGACCCCAGCUGUGGAUACCAGUGCACCCUUGGCUGAAGAUGACAGUGUGCCCCCAGUUUUAGACUCCAGAUACCCCAAUGUGCCCCCUGUUGUAGACCCUAGUGUACUCCCAAUUGUAGACCCCAGUGGGCCCCCUGUUGUGGACCCCAGUGUGCCCCCAAUUGUAGACUCCAGUGUUCCCACUGUUGUAGACCCCAGUGCGCCCCCAGUUGUGGACCCCAGUGUGCCCCCAGAUGUCGACCCCAACCCUCGUGGGCCCCCUGUUGUGGACCCCAGUGUGCCCCCAAUUGUAGACUCCAGUGUUCCCACUGUUGUAGACCCCAGUGCGCCCCCAGUUGUGGACCCCAGUUUGCCCCCAAUUGUAGACACCAGUGUGCCCCCAGUUGUAGAUCCCAGUGCGAUCCCAGUUGUAGACGCCAGUGUUCUCCCUGUUGUAGAUGCCAAUGAGCCCCCAUUUGUAGACACCAGUUGUGACCCCAGUGAGCCUCCAGUUGUAGACUCCAGUGUGCCCCCAGUUGUAAACCCCAGUGUGCCCCCAGAUGUAGACUCCAGUGUGACACCAGUUAUAGACCCCAGUGUCCCCCCUGUUUUAGAUCUCAACCCCAGUGCGCCCCCAGUUGUGGACCCCAGUGUGCCCCCAGAUGUCGACCCCAGUGUGACUCCAGUUGUAGACCCAUUUUCCCCCACUUACCCUCGUGGGCCCCCUGUUGUGGACCCCAGUGUGCCCCCAAUUGUAGACUCCAGUGUUCCCACUGUUGUAGACCCCAGUGCGCCCCCAGUUGUGGACCCCAGUUUGCCCCCAAUUGUAGACACCAGUGUGCCCCCAGUUGUAGAUCCCAGUGCGAUCCCAGUUGUAGACGCCAGUGUUCUCCCUGUUGUAGAUGCCAAUGAGCCCCCAUUUGUAGACACCAACCCCAGUGAGCCUCCAGUUGUAGACUCCAGUGUGCCCCCAGUUGUAAACCCCAGUGUGCCCCCAGAUGUAGACUCCAGUGUGACACCAGUUAUAGACCCCAGUGUCCCCCCUGUUUUAGAUCUCAACCCCAGUGUUCCCCCAGUUAUAGACCCCAGUGUGCCCCCUGUUGUAGACCCUAGUGUGCCCCCAGUUGUAAACCCCAGUGUUCCCCAUGUUGUAGACCCCGGUGUGCCCCCUGUUGUAGACCCCAGUCUUCCCCCAGUUGUGGACCCCAAUUUCCCCCCUGUUGUAGACCCCAACACGAGUUUGCCCCCUGUUGUAGACCCCAGUGUGCCCCCAGUUGUGGACCCCAGCCCCAGUGUGCACCCUGUUGUAGACCCCAGUGUUCCCCCAGUUUUAGACCCCAGUGUGCCCCCACUUGGAGACCCCAGUGAGCCUCCAGUUGUAGACUCCAGUGUGCUCCCAGUUGUAAACCCCAGUGUGCCCCCAGAUGUAGACUCCAGUGUGACGCCAGUUAUAGACCCCAGUGUCCCCCCUGUUUUAGAUCUCAACGCCAGUGUUCCCCCAAUUGUAGACCCCAGUGUUCCCCCGGUUGUAGACCCUAGUGUGCCCCCUGUUGUAGACCCCAAUGUUUCCCCUGUUGUAGACCCCAGUGUUUCCCCUGUUGUAGACCCCAGUGUUCCCCCAGUUAUAGACCCCAGUGUGCCCCCUGUUGUAGACCCUAGUGUGCCCCCAGUUGUAAACCCCAGUGUUCCCCCGGUUGUAGACCCCGGUGUGCCCCCUGUUGUGGACCCCAGUCUUCCCCCAGUUGUGGACCCCAAUUUCCCCCCUGUUGUAGACCCCAACCCCAGUGUGCCCCCAGUUGUAGACCGCAGUGUGCCCCCUGUUUUAGACCCCAGCGUGCCCCCUGUUGUAGACCCCAGCGUGUCCCCAGUUGUAGACCCCAGUGUGACCCCAGUUGUUGACCCCAGUGUGCCCCCAGUUGUGGACCCCAGUGUGCCCCCAGUUUUAGACCCCAGUGCGACCCCAGUUGUAGACCCCAGUGUUCCCCCCAUUGUAGACCCCAACCCCAGUGUUCCCUCUGUUGUAGACCCCAAUGUGCCCCCAAUUGUAGACCCCAGUGUGCUCCUUGUUGUAAACUUCAGUUUGCCCCCUGUUGUAGACCCCAGUGUGCCCCCAAUUGUGGACCCCAGUUUGCCCCCUGUUGUAGACCCCAGUGUUCCCCCUGUUGUAGGCCCCAGUUUGCCCACAGUUGUAGACCCCAACCCCAGCGUGCCCCCUGCUGUAGACCCCAGCGUGUCCCCAGUUGUAGACCCCAGUGUGACCCCAGUUGUUGACCCCAGUGUGCCCCCAGUUGUGGACCCCAGUGUGCCCCCAGUUUUAGACCCCAGUGCGACCCCAGUUGUAGACCCCAGUGUUCCCCCCAUUGUAGACCCCAAGCUGCAGAGUUUCGUAGCAACGAGCGACAGCACGGAUAGCAAAGGCUACACUUAG